AUGGAAACCAGAGUUAAAGAAGACAAAUCUGAAGCCAUCCUCAACUCUCAAUUUUUAAAUUGGAAUGCUUGUACAAAUUAUGACUUAGCUACUAAUGGUAGGAUAUGGGUACUUUGGAGAAAGGGAAUAGACUUUACUAUUAUCCAAAUCUCAGACCAAUGUAUUACUAUCAAAGGAUCUUCCUUGGGCUCUCCAGUCUUCAUCUCGGCAAUUUAUGGGAGUAAUGAUGGGAGUGCCCGAAUGCGAUUAUGGCAAACUAUUAGAGAAGUAGAUCACAUUGUCAACCAAUCUCCUUGGACCUUGGGUGUUGAUUUCAAUAUUUUCCUUCACUCUGAGGAAAGUUCGGAUCAUGAGCUUCUUGGCAACUAUGUUACCCCUGACAUGAAAGACUUUCAAGAUCUUUCUCAGGAUAUUGACAUUAUGGAUCACCCUUAUUUCGGUCCAACUUUCACUUGGAGCAACAAGCAGCAAGAGUUUUUCCUUGCUAGGAAACUUGACAGGGUCAUGAUAAAUUCAACUUGGGCUUCUUAUUUCCCUCACUCUUUUGUUGAAUUCCUUUCCCCUAGUAUCUUUGAUCACUGUAUGGCCACUAUGUGGCUAUCUAAAGACUCCCCAAUUAAUAGGCCUAAACCAUUCAAAUUCUUCAACUUCUGGGCUGCUCAUUCUAAUUUUUUGAAUGUUGUUAGGCACUCUUGGCUUCCUACUAUUCAUGGAAAUCCUAUGACUACCCUUAUUACUAAGCUCAAGAGACUUAAAAUCACUCUCAAGAGCUUUAAUAAAGACAAUUUUAGCAACAUUUCAGACCGAGUGAAGCUUAAGAGAUUAGAGCUGGAGCAACAACAAAUUCUUACAUUGAAAGGUGAGGAAAGCAUUGUUAAGGAAAUUGGCCUGCAAGAGGAUUUAAUCUUACUGGAGGAAGCUGAAGCAGAAUUUCUCAAACAGAAAGCUAAGGUUCAGUGCAUCCGUGACGGAGACAAAAAUUCUAAAUUUUUCCAUUCUAUAGUUGCCUCUAAAAAUAAAAGAAACAUCAUUCGUGUUCUGGUGGAUGAUAGUGGAUGUAUAUUAGAAUCUUUCGACUCAAUGUCUCAAGAAGUGCUUUCGUUCUACUCUAAUAUGCUUGGUUCUGCUGAUGCUUCUUUAAAAGAGGUUGAUCCAAAUCUCCUUAAAGAGUUGAUUGACUAUUCCUUACCUUCUGAAGCUUCAACCAAUUUCAUUAGGGAUAUUACUGAUGAAGAAAUUCAUAAUGCUAUUUUUUGUCAAGGAAACGAUAAGGCCCCGGGACCGGAUGGCUUCACGCCCUUAUUCUUCAAGAAAACUUGGCCUAUCUUUGGAAGGGAUAUCAUUGCAGCUGUCCGUUAUUUCUUUUCCCACAUCUUUAUUAAUCCUGCUUUUAAUUCCACGAUUAUUGCUCUUGUGCCUAAAAUUCCCAACCCAAGCACUGUCAAAGACUUCAGACCAAUAUCCCGUUGUUCAGUAAUCUAUAAGGCUAUUUCUAAAAUCCUUGUUAGUAGGCUAAAUUUUUACAUUCCAGAUAUUGUUUCUUUGAAUCAGUCUACUUUCAUCAGAGGAAAAAGUAUUAUGGAUAACACAUUCCUCACUCAAUAA